UGCAGUACGCAGUUGCUACGUGAAACGAAAAUCUAACAAAGAAAAUGUCUGGACGCGGUAAAGGAGGCAAAGUUAAGGGAAAGGCAAAGUCCCGCUCGAAUCGUGCUGGUCUUCAGUUCCCUGUGGGCCGUAUCCACCGCCUGCUGAGGAAAGGAAAUUACGCCGAACGUGUUGGAGCUGGAGCACCCGUCUAUCUGGCGGCUGUGAUGGAAUACCUAGCUGCUGAAGUGUUGGAAUUGGCAGGAAAUGCUGCCCGUGACAACAAGAAGACCAGAAUCAUCCCACGUCAUCUGCAGCUGGCCAUUCGCAACGAUGAGGAGUUGAACAAACUGCUCUCUGGAGUGACCAUCGCUCAGGGUGGUGUUCUGCCAAAUAUUCAAGCCGUGCUACUCCCCAAGAAGACCGAAAAGAAGGCCUAAAUCUAACGCUGAACCAACGCUUGUACAAACCGUCCUUUUCAGGACGACCACAUAUUUGCGAUAAAGAAAAAAUUGAAAUUAUUUCCUAUGGGGGAAAUAUUGUUCUAGUAAUGAUGGAUUUGUCCAAAAAUGCCGAAGAUAAGGCUGAAAAUCUCUCAAGGGUGAAAUUACAUGUGUCAUUGAAAAAUUGCAGCUAUUUGACUAGUUCUUGUUUUAAAAUUCAAUCAAACGAUCAAUUUCAUUGAAAUCAGGCUUUGAUGGAAAUAUGUUGCUGUAAAUAUUGUCUUUAAUGCUGCUUUAUAGUGCGAUACGACUGACAUGACGUUCAAGAGCACGAUGUUGAGGACUAUGUACAAAAAUCCUAUUGUUCCAAAUUGAACUACUAAUUUUUUUGGAAGUACUGUUUAAUACACCGGAUUACUGAAAAGCGUAACUAUUAAAUGACAAAAAAAUCGCAAUUUUAAGACAGAAUUGCCUGAUUCAAAGAGUAGGGGAUCUGCAUAAUGCAAAUUCAGCGUUGCUUGUCUGGUUUUCAAAUUUUAGAAUGAUACUCAAAUCCAAAUCCCAGAAAAACCGUUGAGCGAAUAAAUAAGUAUUAAAUUCUUUGUGAUCAACCGUCAAUCAACUCGAACUCGACAGCGCAUCUGCCAUCUAAUAUCCAACUUAGCUUUGAACAGACGGUUAAUGUUCACACCACGUUUGAGAUGCGCGUCUGUUUUCUGCAGACACUGCUCUAACCAGCGUUGCCAACAUUUUUUCAAAAAGACUGGAACCUUUCUAGAAAAAAAAAACUGGAAAAACUGGAUGCUCGAAAAUUACCCUUGUAAUGUUUAAGUCAAUGAUUCAACGAACGUAAUUUUAAGUAAACACGUAUGUUCCAUACGUCGGUUUUUUGAUAUUGUUGUUCAAAUUAAAAAAAAAAAUAUGUUA